UUCCUGGCGGCAAUGACAACCCCACAUGUCGAGCGCGAGCGGGCGUUGUCGAUCCACGACGAAGAAGACAUCGACCAUGAUAAAGUUGACGCAUUGGACAUGCACCAUGAAGACCACCAAAAGUUUGCGUACUUGCAGUCGAUCUACAACAAGGCCAAGGAGCGCAAGCUGUCCCUCGCCGACGAGCACGAACGUGAGGGAGAUGUUGAUGAUGAUCCGAGCCACCUCUUUGACCACAUUCCCGAGCCGUACGUCGAACAGCCCAACUUUCAGCGCAUCAACUUCACCGCGGGCGAUGACGAACACGACCCCGAAGCCGCGGAAGUGUGCGAUGGCAUCUUGAAGUGCUUGGCGCUUCGGGACAAGUGGAUCCAAAGCAACGCCGUCGUCAUUCCGGACGAAGACUCAGACAAUACCAUGCCGCUGACGCCAGGUCGCACCAAAUUUCGCCAUCGCGACGAUCUUCCCUACGACAUUUUCAGCACCAAGGCGCCGAGCGGAACGGAUCACCGCCUAGAGAUCCAGGACGGAGUCGUUGUCGUGUACCCGAGUGACUCGGCCAGUCCGAUUUUGCAGCCGCUGUCGCAAGAUGAGUUCUACGAUGAUUGGUUCGAAGUGAAGCGAAUCAUCAACUCGGGUCCGGUCAAGACGUUUGCGUUCAAACGGCUUCAGCUGUUGGAAUCGCGGUUCAAUCUGCAUGUGCUUUUGAACGGAGAUCGCGAGCUGGUGUCGCAAAAGGCGGUGCCCCAUCGUGACUUUUACAACAUUCGCAAGGUCGACACGCACAUCCACCACUCCGCGUGUAUGAACCAGAAGCACUUGCUUCGAUUCAUCAAGUCCAAGCUGAAGAGCAACCCCGGGGAGAUCGUGAUCUUUCGUGACGGGCGCUUCAUGACGCUCAGCGAAGUGUUCCGAUCGCUCAACUUGACUGCGUACGACUUGAGCGUGGACACGCUCGACAUGCACGCGUCCAACACGUUCCAUCGUUUCGACCGGUUCAAUCUCAAGUACAACCCCGCGGGACAGAGUCGUCUCCGCGAGAUCUUCCUUAAGACGGACAACCUCAUUGCUGGACGGUACCUCGCGGACAUCACGAAGGAAGUGAUGAGCGACUUGCAGCAAUCCAAGUACCAAUUGGUGGAGUGGCGCCUCUCCAUCUACGGUCGCAAGCACUCGGAAUGGGACAAACUCGCGCGCUGGUUCUACGUCAACCGCCUCGCGUCGCCCCAUGUUCGCUGGAUGAUUCAAAUCCCGCGUCUGUUCUUUCUCUACAAAAAAUCCGGCGACAUCGACAAUUUUGAGCACAUGAUUCAAAACAUCUUUUUGCCGCUGUUCGAAGUGACCAAGGACCCGAGCUCGAACCCGCAGCUGCACACGUUCCUCCAAGCAGUGAUCGGCUUUGACUGCGUGGAUGACGAGAGUAAGACCGACCCCAUACGAGCCGAACGAGGCAAGCCGCUGCCACGCCCCGCGGACUGGACGUACGAGUCCAACCCGCCGUACGACUACUGGUGCUACUACCUGUACGCGAACCUGGCCACGUUGAACGCUUUCCGUCGGGCGAAAGGGUUCUCUACGUUUACCUUCCGCCCACAUGCAGGGGAAGCAGGUGACACGGAUCACUUGGCCGCGACGUUCCUCUGCGCGAAUGCGAUCAACCAUGGGAUUACGCUGCGCAAGUCCGUGGCAUUGCAGUACUUGUACUACUUGGCGCAGAUCGGGAUUGCCAUGUCUCCGCUCUCCAACAACAAACUGUUCCUUGACUUUCAACGCAACCCGUUCCCUCAGUACUUUGCUCGGGGAUUGAACGUGUCUUUGAGUACCGACGACCCCGUCAUGCUGCAUUACACCAAGGACCCGCUCUUGGAAGAAUACUCCGUCGCGGCGCAAGUGUGGAAGCUCUCGGGCACGGACAUUUGUGAAAUCGCUCGCAAUUCCGUGCUCCAGUCUGGGUUCGAGCAUCCGUUCAAGCAGCACUUCCUUGGCAAGAAGUACUACGUUCCUGGCGCCGCCGGCAACGACAUCCGCAUGUCCAACGUCCCUAACAUCCGCUUGGACUACCGCCAUGAGACCCUCACCAGCGAACUUGCCUGCCUCCAGCAUCACCACGGCUAGGCAAGCGACUACAUUUGCAUUUUCAGAUCCAUUUCUUUCUAAAUAGUGAAUGGGAGUUGCACCAAUCUUUGCUUUGCUCAAGAGAAAAA